UUUUAUUAAUUAACCAGAGUUUAAUAGAUGUCGUUUUGGAAAGGCGAUUGGCCAUUGUAUUGCACGUGUCGCCGCUCGCCACAUUUCAGACACGCGGGAGAACACAAUUAUUGAAGAGUACGAUUUUAAAUUGAAAGGAAAGUAAAUUGAAACACGUGGCUUCCGAGAAACUUAGAUUUGUUAAAGGAUUAUUAUAAGAAAAUCGAGAUUUGCACCGGGUUUACCGGCUCUCCAAAUGAGGUUAUAUCGUCCUGUGUCAGUAACGUGUGUAUAAACGCAACAUUUUAUACCCAUUUUAUAUGGUAUUCCAUGAUCCUAUUCUUGAGUUAGGAAGAAUUGAGAAGUUACAAGACAAUUUCUGCGGAAAUGGCUGAAACCCCCUUGAGUUUAGGCGAAAAGACGUUUAUUCUCCACGGAGUUGACCUUGAUUUGAGAAAUGAUGGUAGAUCCAGAUGCCAGUACCGUUCCAUUGAAAUCGAAACUAGAUUGAUGCAGCAUACACAUGGAUCUGCAAGAUUACGCAUAGGCAAUAUCACGGAUGUGUUAGUCAGCGUGAAAGUAGAGAUUGACACACCAUACGCCGAGAGACCAAAUGAGGGCAAACUAGAUUUUUUUGUAGAUUGCUCUGCUAAUGCUACACCUGCAUUUGAAGGCAAAGGUGGAGACGACUUGGCGACCGAGAUAAGCAAUGUUCUUUCCAUGGCCUAUCAGACAUCGGAUGUCUUCGAUUUGAGACAGCUGUGUAUCCUGCCGCAUAAAAAAUGUUGGAAAAUGUAUGUGGAUAUUUUGAUUCUCCAAUGUGGUGGAAAUCUGUUCGAUGCUGUGGGUGCUGCAGUGAAGGCAGCUUUGUAUAAUACUGAAAUUCCAAAGGUGAUUGCAGCAACUCUCGAUGGUAGCGAACCGGAUAUUCAAGUGUCGGACGAUCUUUACAAUUGUAUUAAAUUGGAUGUCACAAAUUAUCCAUUGCUAGUAACAAUAUGCAAGAUUGGAGACAACUUCGUGAUAGAUCCAACGUCGGAAGAAGAAUCCUGCAGUAUUGCUAGUAUCCUUAUGUCCGUUAUGCCGAACGGCAAAGUGACAUCUGUAGUUAAACUGGGAUAUGGCAGCUUGUUGCCUAGCACCUUGAUUAAAAUGAUGCAGGUCGGCAAGGAUAUCGGACUCAAGCUAAACGAAGCUCUUAUGAAAGGAUUAGAAGAGGAAAAUAAACUCGGUCGUAUGAAACCCAUAUAUGGCUUUCUUAGAUAAUCCAUCCGUGCACAAUACGUUGAUUUCAGAAAUAUAUUUUUUUCGAAUUCUUACUUUGGACUUAUCAGGCUGUGCCGUACUUAUUAUUUAACUAUUUACGUUACAGCACAGCGUUUUUAAACUUCUUUUCUGGUGAUUUCUACACUUGCAAAAUUUUAUAAAGUUUCACAACAAAGAGAGAAGACUAUAUUUUUAUAUUUUUACCAUAGUAAUAGUAUUCGGUUUAAUUGUGCGUGUGCAAAUAUGCAGAGCAUAAUAUGUGAAAAAAAAUCAUUGCUGACUUUAAAAAACGAUCUUCGUAAGGCGUUAUGAAAGGUGUGUAUAUGUCAGUCAAAUAAACGAUACAUGUGUAUAGAUUUCAACUAU